GUAUUGGGCUAGUGAGCACUGUUACCUUCGGUUAACUAUAGCACCACGGACUACUUGUUGGGGCAUCCAAAAUGCUCGAGACAGAGAAUAUAAAUAUGGAACACACCUCAUGGGAAGCAUUACCUAAUGAUCGGUCACCAACUGUUUCUAAUUUACGAGUCAAUUCUUGUAAACGUCAGCUAUCUAGCCCCGGCUGUCUAAAUGUCUUCCUGCUUCUGGCGCUCGUCACUGCGAUAUCUGUGAUUCUAUAUUUUGUUAUCUCCCCACUAAUACAAACAUCCCAUAGCGAAUGGGUCCAGACCGAGGUUUCGACAUUUUGUGGUUAUGUGCAUGGGGAGAAAAGUGACGGAGUUGUGUCUUUCCUUGGAAUCCCAUAUGCGCUCCCUCCUGUAAACGAAAAUCGUUUCAAACGGCCAGUGGAACUAACGACAGAUGAACUGUGUCGAAAAGCAUGGGGAUCUGUGGGAAAGAAAGCGAUCUUCAAUGCCACAAGCUACAAGCCUCCAUGCUUGCAACUUGUUCCAGUCACAGAUGAAAUUAUCGGGAAUGAAGACUGCUUGUAUUUAAAUGUGUUUGUACCCACGGCUUCCAGUCAGAAAGGAAAUGAACUAAAGCCAGUUGUCGUGAUUUUUAACGGCCUGUUUUUUAUGUACGGAGGUGCCAGUGGCAGCCCGGUCAUGGAAGGACAGCAACCUCAGGCAGAGAUGAUAAAGCAAGUCGACGCAGUUCAUGUGACUUUCAACUUUCGUGUAGGUCCCUUAGGAUUCCUGGUUCAUCCUGUGAUUGGGCAUACAAAUGUUGGACUGUGUGACCAACUGGCGGUGCUUCGCUGGGUACGAAGCAACAUCAGGGCAUUCCGUGGUGACCCGACGAAAGUGACCUUGUUCGGCUACGGAUCAGGAGCGACCAGCGCGCUCGCGAUGAGCUACACGAAACGGGGUCAGAACCUGUUCGAUCGUUUGUGGAUAUCCGCUCCGGCAGUGCGCAGGCCGCGGGUAUCCAUUGGCGAAGCUAUCGAUGAAGGAAAGCGUCUACUGACCUGCGGUCCCGCAACCUGGAAGAAAUGUUCAGAUGGUUACAUCACGGAUGCCGAAGAUAUAGUUAGAUUGUGGGAGUGGAAGGAAGUUGCGGCAUGGAUGAGAGGUCACUAUUUUGACCUUCCCAGUGUAAACGAAUCCGAGCGAGCAGAGGAAAUGGAGUUCCUCAGUCGAAUAUUGGUAGAUGAUGGCGAUAUAAUUGACUCCAGUACUUGGUAUGAGACAUCACACCCAAGUGUUCCCCUCGUUUUGGGGCAAACGGCUUACGAGGCGGCGUUGUUUUUGACACCUGAAACUGUUCCUUUCUGGAAUGAGCAAGCCUACCAUCAUUAUUUGAGGAAAAGAUUUGCUGCUAACCGUGAAAUCAUUGAACACUACACUGAAUCUGUCAAUGUGGCGAGCUCUUGCAGAGGUAAUAUCUUGCCUAGCGGACCAUCUGAUGUGGGAGCACGAUUAACCGCGUUGAUUACUGACGCAAGAUGCACCUGUCCUCUUAUUGGUGUAAGCAGAAUAUUGCAACCUCAUCGGAAUUCUAUUUAUCAUUAUUAUCUGCGAUCCACCCAUCCGAGAUUCGAUCCGUAUUUCAUGAAUUCAUUUGUGGCACUGGCAUCCCACGGUUGGGACGGGAUGGUUUAUUUGCGGGGUUACGACACGCACAGUGAGUUCAUGGCGUCUACACAGGGGGAUAUUGUUGAGGACAACUUCCAACACAGGAUUCGUCAGCUCAGUAACAUUUUGAAUGCUGCAAUGCACGAGUUCUCUCGAACCGGAGUUAUAUCGAAUUUUGCUUCAGCAGAUGGAACACAAGUGCAUAUAAAUUUAAUCGAUGAAGGUAUUAUUUGCAGACCAGCGAAUUUUGUACGAGAACGUUGUGCAUUGUGGGAAGAACUGACGGGGGGAGAUCUAAUGCGGUUCGCAUGGCAACAUUGAAAACAAAUGUGGAACGAGAAGAGGAGUCAAGUGCUUUAAUGCCACACAUGGUUUACCAGUCUUUCAAGUCUACGAUUUUUUUUUCGGAAAUCCACACUCUACAAAACAGUAGCAUGUCUAUAUGAACCAAGGUUACUGUGCAUGAAAGAUGGCAAAGCUCACUUUCCAGUGCUAUGUUUUGGAACUUUGAUUGCUAGGAUAACCAUGGUGCUGAUUAAUCAGACAAUAGCUUGCGAAGGAAUAUUCAGUACCCACGCAUGUAUACCGUAUAUUCAAACACAGAUGAAUAAAUGCUUGCGCGUU